UAAGUGAAUAGGAGUGUCAGAAUGCGUCACAACCACCAACCCACCAACGGUUCGAAGUUUUAAGUCUCAGAAAGCCUCCUCCCUUUUAGUGGCCGCCGCCGCUGCUGCGGACGAUGAUGAUGGAGCUUUGAAGGACGCAACAAUUCCUUUGUUCGUUAGCCUGGAGCGAGGGGAAAACGACGGAACAACUUGGCAAUGUCCAGCAGCUAACUGUUGCAAGUUAGUUUUUUUUGUUUUGUUUAGUCAAAGCCUGGCAGCACACGCGAGGCCACGUAGCGGGGAAGGGAGGUGCGCAGAAAACACCGGGUUUCCUGAGCGCUGGGCGGAGGUCGCUUCCUGCUCCGAGAUGCACCGCGGACGUUCGGCGAUGGAACCGCUGUUGGAGUGCGGCUCGGGUGCAGCACCUCCGCCUCAACCUUCCCCAGCGUCCAAAGAGGCGUCGUACACGAACCACGCUCGACGCGACAAAUUCGUGCGCUCCGUCUCCUGCGCCUCCACGUCCUCCUCGCUGUCGUCGUGGUCUUCAUUGUCCUCUUCGUCUUCGCCUCCCCCGGCACCGCGCUGCGGCUGCCGUUCCCCCUGCGCCGGCGCCGGCCCGCACGGGCGCCGUUCCGAAGUUUCGGUUCCCGUCCGCGGCGAGAGCCGCGACCAGCGGAACCCGCUUCGGGGGCCCGUCGCGAACGCCCCCAGCCGCCAGCGCAACCGUGAGCCGUGCGUGUGGACUUCCAACGGUCGCGUGACGGCCCAACUUGGCACGAAUCCGGGAGAGAGCCGUUGCAACGACGACAACAACAAUCACAAAAGCAGCGUGCAUUUUCCCUGGGCCAACGCGAGCGCUGCUGGUGAAACGAGCAGGAGCUUGUUGGCAGACUCCAAAACAAAACUGCCUUCAGUCGUUCUCACCAAAGCAAUCGGUGCUACAACCCAGUGCCCGCGGGUGCAACGUUCUGGCCCUACAAACAAUGCGUCGGUUGAUGCCGUGGUGGGUCAGGCGACGGCCGAUCCAUCGGAACCGGACGAUACUUUCGUGUCCAGCUUUAGUUUCAUCAGAGAAUCGCUGAGGGUACCGCAGCCUGCAACUGGCAGAGGUGACCUGAUCGCGGGGAAGGGCGCCAUUUUCGGCCCCGUGGCAGGCGAACGGCCACCACGUCGCACGGAGGGGCGAUGCACAGGCGGGUCGGAGCCGUCUUGCCGCAGCACGCCGCACCGCAGCCACAGCGUCUCGUCCGCGUCCUCGUGUGACGUCUCCAGCGUUUUGUCCGACGGCGGCGCGUCCGAGAGCGAGCCGGACGGCGCGCCGUGUGGACGGCGAGACACGGACACGGGGCUCGGUUCGGCGGGUUCCUCGGACGCCGGCUCCCUCACCGCGCCGUCGUCUCCAUCGUCGUCGUCACCAUCGUCGUAUGAGCCGGCAUCACGCUGGGAACUUCUCUUGGAAACCCACAAGCACGUCCUGCGGCAGUGUGCAGAGACUAAUAGCAGUCGCCUACAGCUGAUCAUGCGCGUGCGUGAACUCAAACGACAGCAGAUGGUGGCUGCUGGACAGGACGACUUUGAAGCAGCAGAGCAGGUGAGCAAGCGGCUGGAGGAGACCCAAGCUCAAUUGGCCCUGCUGAGUUUCCAAAUCCCGUCUGGGAAUGUGGAAUUGGCGGCAGCACUGCGUUCCGUCGUAUUCAGCGCGUCCUGCGUAUCUGCCGGCAAGAGUCAAGAUGAACUUUGGAGGGACCCAUGUUUUAAGAUUCAGCAGAAAAAGAAAGCGUUACAGGAGCGAAUCUCGGAGCUUCGACGAAGCCUGUCCGAGCUGGAGGAGGAGGAGCGCCGAGUCGGCGUGGCUCUCGACGAGAGAGACCGCAACGGUGUCGCCGUCGCCGACGAUCGCUGUGGUCGAGGAAGCCCUCUCACGCCAGACCUGCUCGGCACGCUCGAGGACUCGCUGAGGUGGUUGCUCGCCAGCUUAGCCACCCCGGGAGAAGUCGAGCGUCUUCGAGAGCAAGAGAAAACCCUUGCGUUGUCCGUUAAAGAAUUAUCCACAAAGGUUGCCGCAUGUCAGCUGGAAGUCGCCGCUCUCGGACAGAAAAUCAGCGAUGCUGAGACGCAGCUUCGAGUACUCACGGAAAACAAAGCAUCAGCCGUCGCUGAGCGGGACUUUGCAUUGGCCAGGCGGCUGGUGGAGGAGGGGCGGAGGUUGGCAGAGGAAGGGGACAUGGCGAGGUGGCGGCUCCAGGCUCUGCAGGGCCCGCGCGGCACCACUGGGACCCGGGCCACAGGAGGAGCCUCGCACAACGAGCUUGAGCGGUUUCGGCAGCAGCAUCGCGAGGCACGGGCCGGCCUGGAGACUCUCACGGCGCAGCACGAACAAAAGCUAAGGGACCAGGCUAUGGCACAUUCUAAAGUGCUGCAGGACUUCAUGAAUAGGUGCAAGAACCCAUUUGUGACACGAGUCUGGGAGGCUGAUCUCCAGGCCUGCAGCGUCAUCCUGCAGAGUCUGGCAAUCGAUCGCCAUGGGGAAGAUGAUCUGGGCCAGGGUGGCGUGACUGCCGAAGGCGCCGAUGGAACAAAAGUGACAGUGGAAGCAACAGAAGUCCCGGCUGAAAAAAUCUCCCAGCCUGAGUCUGUGUGGCUCGACCGUGAGACGGCAAAGGAAACUUUGUGCUUUACAGAAAAUGGCCUCCCAGUGAAUCCAUGUGAGGUUGUCAGCGAUCAUCCCAAUGCCCUGCCAAGGCAGCUAAGCGAUGAUGUCAUUCAGGAGCAGUGCGAGUCCAUCAGCAAUCGGCUUUUAUGCCUGGAGGAGCAACUGCAGCAUGCAUUGGACACAAGGGAUCAGAGGCUGGCUCAACGCUUGCAGGAGGAGAUAACAGAGGUGAAGGGGACCCUCCAGAGCAUGCUGAGUCUACUGGAGGAGGAGGAACCAGAGGAUGAAGCGGAGCAGGAAGAGUGGACAGAUUGGGAGUGAGCAGGACAGAGUGUAUAAUUCAUCCUGGGAACGGCAACAUACAAAUACAACUGAUCAGGAAUGCUAAACCUAUGCCAAAUGUAUUCUGGAUGGACACAGUCAUGCACCAGAGCGAUUUUGGAACCAUAUUCAGUAGUAUACAAACAACAUACUAUUUGGUUCUUUCGGUAAAGUCACGAAAUAACCAAAGAGUAUGGAUUCCUGCAGUCACGAAAGCUUCAUAUCAAGAUAUAAACAAUUUAUGAUACUUCGUCAGCUGUGGUGUAGCCGCACACUAAACAAAAACUCAACACAAUCGUCAUUAAUACUGCUCCAAAGGUGAAAAAAUACAUGACAGGAUAACAUGUUACGUCAAUAGCCCUUCUUCAUACCAAUGAAGCUAUGCUAUAUAGUUAUUUUAUUGAGAAUACGAGCUGAGUGUGUUAAGAUCACUGUGGACACGUUCAGGAAUGUUUAAGCAUCCUCUGUGAAACUGAUCGAGAUGUGUGUCCAAUCUCAUUGUGCACGCAGUUUAACUGUCUCCUAUAAUUUACAGUACAUACAAAUGGUUCCUGACUUUUGACGAAACUCCAGAACUCCUGACCAGAACACCCGACGCAAAACGUAACACAUUUCCACGUUUACCAGUUUUCUCUCUGUGGUAGCACACCGCUCGGCCGCCUUUGUCUUCCAGUGCCAAUGUUAACACACAAUCUACAAGCCCACGUUAACUGUAUAGUCCAUGGCCAAUCAUCUGCACACACAGAUAAAAACACCUCGGCAACAUAUUCACAGAGAACCGGCAAACGCGGAAAGGCGGACAUUCGUGGGUUUCAAAAACUGGAGCUUGGUAUACCAUGCUGUAAUCUCAAUAAUAUCACCUGAAGUGUCCUUGUGUUUUUUAAUACUUUUCUCAAAAAGGGCACUUGCCUGUUUGUGCGGGCUAUGGGGCCCAUUGCUACAUAGUGUAGCGAUAUGCUGGUUAUUGUACGGUUUAAAUACCAUAUUCGACGUGGCAUAUAUCAUGGGUUGUUACAUUUUUUAUAACACGGUCAGACUGUCCACCGUUGUCUCAUGAAAUGACGGUCCCCCGUCACACACAUUUUUUUUUAUUUCUAUGACUGGAGUGGAGAUGAGCACUGCCCAAUGCUGCUUUGAGCAUGGGGGACACUCUUGAAUUAUGUGAUGAUUUCACUUUCCAGUUCUUUUUGCAAUGAUUAGUAACACUCGUGGGCAAUGUAAAUUCGUGCACAUCAGAAUAAUGUUUUUAUUUACUGCCCUUUGUCAAUCCGCACCUCCGAAUAGCACGAUUGGCUAUGCACAGUGGGAAAGAAGUUCAACGUACAUAACAAUCCUGUGCUGGACGAAGGCCUCCCCACACUGUUGGUUCCUUAGGUGUUUUCCCAUACUUCACCAAGCUGAUCGGUGCGGAUUGGUAUAAGGAUGACCGUUUCAGAUAUCACCGCUGACGUUAGUUGUGGCUGGAGCUCUGCACUCGGACUGCUGUACCACACCACCUCCGAGAUACAUAUCCUGAAUGUUUUUUUUUUAUCAGUGCAGUGGAUAUUAGACUUCAGCCGUCAUUGUUCCAUUGUAAUUGCGGUUAACGCAAACGGUAUUAACGUUGGACCAAUUGCUUUAUCACAAAGGAUAAGGCCGUGUAAUGAUUGAUUAGUUGGCUGCAUUCCAGUCGGGGAUACUUGAGAAGCCUUGCCCACUGUGCAAUUACAGUAUUAAGAUUAUAAUUUGUGGGUAAAAAUUGUAUUUAUAUAGCAAACCAAAUGCAACCGCAUCUCGAGACACUGUAGAAAAGUGUGGAACCUGGGAUUACUGGGUAAAGGAAGCUUAUUUUGUUAAGAAAACGGAGACCGUUAGUCAUAGGCAGAGGAGAAGUGAAAGGUCUUGAGCCUGGUCAUGAAUGGGGACAGGAAGUGAACAGCACGGAUAGCUGGGGGAAGGGAGUUUCAGAGAUUGGGGGCAGCUAAGGAGAAAGAUAGGGCUCCCACUACAUUUGCAUAUACUUUGCAGGAUUGGUAUGUACUGCAAAAUGGACUAGAAUAGCCCUUUCAUCUGCAAUGAAACAAACUUUAUAGCUGCUUGAGAUUAAUGCAUAUGAAUAGGUAUUUUGUAUUACAUUUUAUAUGUGCAUAAAAGGCACGUGAACGUUUGUCGUUUUUAUUAGAUUGGUAGGAUACUAUUUGAGAAUAAAUGAUAGUAAUAGCAAUUGAAUGUGAAAACGUUCAGGUAAUUUUGCAAUAUUUCCAUGUAAAGCAAUACUAACUCUGUUGCAGAUAUUCGUUCGGAUAAAUUGCAGUUAUUUUCGAGCAUAUUUUUUCUGUAUAUAAAGCCAAAUUCACUUUAUUUAAUAAGUUUACACUCUGUAACUCGCUGCGAUAAAGGUUUGGCCGAGCCAACGUCUCCAUUCUAGAGGCCAAUGCUACAAGCGCAUACAACUUUUUGGUAUUUUUCCGAAUGUUAUUCCACUUGUGCUACUGGCGUUGUGAUGCAAGACAAAGUGUCCAUUCUGAACUGUCACAGCAGCGCAUCAAUAACCAUGUCAGAGAACAGCCCACGCACGGAAGGUGAUAGACAUCACAGACCUACUUCUGAAAUCCCUUCAUGUGACCUUAUCGUUCACAUAUUAUAGUCAGCACACUUGUCAAUAAAUUAUUUCGCAAUUUGCAAAGCCACAAUUGAGCCACAUUGAGAAAAAACAUUUAAUGUGAAUGCUUUUAUUUAUUGUGCCGUCAAUGGUAACGGGGCUGAGACUAUCGGUUCACGACACUUGAGAAACACGGUUUAAUCACGGGUGGCGACCUCUGAUUAAAACCGAGGAUUUUCCUGGGGCUGGCUCAGUGCUUAACCCCCCCCCCCCCCCCCGAGUCACCUAACGCGUGCGUAAACCUAUUGAGUUAAAUUGUGGUGUGCUCAUUGCGGUACAAAAGAAAACGCAUGGCAUUGAGAAGUCGCGUAUGUUAUUGGUAGCAUGUAUUCCCUGAAUAAUUACAAUAUUGUAUUCAUCCCUGAACGACGUAAUAGCAACACUCGAUAAAUUAACAGUGCAGACCUUAUUUUUGCAAACAUUUAAUUAGUAUUACUUGUGACAAUCUGCCUCAAGCGUAACGAGCUAUAACAUUAAGCACUGUUUUAACGAUAAUUUUAUUCCGAAAAACAUUUUUACUAACUGUACUUUACUGUGUUUGUUGCAUUACUGUACUUGUACUUUUUUUACAACUCAAAAAUGAAACCACUCAAUGUUUUGUAAUACUUAUGUGCAUUGUGACAAUAUAUUAAAUGCGUAGGUCUCUAAAUAAUGUACUCUUAUAAUCACUGUCCUGUAUUCACCAUGCAUGGUGGUGGUUCGUGCCUGUAAUGAUCCAGGUUGAGGAGUUGGGAAAGGUUUUGGAGGAAAAAACUUUAAUAACUUUAACUGAAUAGUAAUGACAAUUUUUGGCGAUUAUUUUCCCCGGAAAGCCUGCCUCGCUGAGUCUCGGGACUUAUUCAGAAGGGCCCUGGUCAUUGGUAUGUUUGGCCAUUUACAUUGUUGAGUGUUUGUCUCCGUGUUGAGAACUUACAUAAAAUCCACACAUACUCUGACACUGGUGAACUCGGCCAUGAAGAAGGCUAUAUCUGGUGUCGGCCAAUCAGUUUCAAAGACAAUGCAUAUAUCAUAAUUAUCAGAGUUCCCUUGAAUGUUCACCACAAGUACUGUGUGUGGUUAAUGCAGACUUGAUUCCUUGAAAAAUUUAUCUAUUUGGUGUUUGAACAUCUUAGCACUUGUUUUAUUGCCAGAAAGGGAAAAACCUAUUCUUAUUUUUCACAUCCACACACUCAUACCGUACGGUACAAUGGGCUGACGCUUCGCAUUGCCAUCUCCUGGCCAUCUGGCGGUACUAACAUUUGUCUUCCCGCUGAGUUUCACUUUAUAAUAAGUAAUAUCUUCUUUGGUUCUUUCGGUAAAGUCACGUAGAAUGAGAAUAAAAUAAUAAAUUGAUAAAAUAAAAUAACACAAUAAUAUUCUCACGACGUUUC